CAGCGACUAUAAAAGGUGGCUUUGCCCAGUCGGCGCUUCUGGUUUCGACGCAGCAUAUGUGUCAGGUGUGACGUGAGCAUGGCGAAACUUGAACUGAAGCUGAUUGGAAUCGUUAUAUUCUUGGUAGCCGCUGUCGAGGCUCAGGAAACCCCUGCGGCUGAAUCAUCACCAGCAUCGCAAGCAGCUGGUGAAACUUCUUCAGUAACUGAAGGCACUUCUACCGGAGAAGUAACUCAGCCCAUUGUAGCGGGGUCGGAGGAUACAGAAGCACCCACAAAUAGCACCGAUAUUGUUGAUAGCCCGGACAACACAGACACAAACGAUCCGACUGGCGCCGAAAAUGGAGGAGAUCCAUAUAUAAAGCCGGGAAACCAUACAAAGGGACCUCGGCACGUCAGAGCACAUGAUGGCUUUCACAGCCUGAAGACGGAGAAACACUGGGCUCACUGGAACGACGCUUUUACCACAUCAGGUCCUUAGCUAAUUCUACCCACUAUACAAAAUAAUUUUGUAACCAAGCUCGGAAGAUCACUAAUUAAAAACUAGUAUUGAUACUUUUA